AUGGGCCUUGUGCAAUGGGGGCUUCUGCUGGCUUGCCUGGGGUGCGGAAUUCUGCCAGGAGUUCGGGCUCAGUUUCCCCGGGUCUGCAUGACUUUGGAAGGGGUGCUGAGCAAAGAGUGCUGCCCACCCCUGGGCCCUGAGCUGGCCAACAUCUGUGGAUCUCUAGAGGGCCGCGGGCAGUGCGCAGAGGUGCAGACAGACACCAGGCCCUGGAGUGGCCCUUACAUCCUCCGGAACCAGGAUGACCGUGAACAAUGGCCAAGAAAAUUCUUCAACCGGACGUGCAAGUGUGCAGGAAACUUCGCUGGUUAUAAUUGUGGAGACUGCAAGUUUGGCUGGACCGGCCCCAGCUGUGAGGAGAGGAAGCCACGUGUUGUGCGGCAGAAUAUCCAUUCCCUGACUCCCCAGGAGAGGGAGCAGUUCCUGGCCGCCUUAGACCUGGCGAAGAAAACUGUCCAUCCAGACUACGUGAUCACCACACAGCACUGGCUGGGACUGCUGGGACCCAACCGAACCCAGCCACAGGUCGCCAACUGCAGCGUGUAUGACUUUUUUGUCUGGCUCCAUUACUAUUCUGUUCGAGACACGUUAUUAGGACCAGGACGUCCCUAUAAGGCCAUAGAUUUCUCACACCAAGGACCUGCGUUUGUCACCUGGCACAGAUACCAUUUGUUGUGGCUGGAAAGAGAUCUCCAGAGACUCAUUGGCAAUGAGUCCUUUGCUUUGCCCUACUGGAACUUUGCAACCGGAAAGACGGAGUGCGACGUUUGCACAGAUGAGCUGUUCGGAGCAGCAAGACAAGAUGAUCCAAUGCUGAUUAGUCAGAACUCAAGAUUCUCCACCUGGGAGAUUGUGUGUGACAGCUUGGAUGACUACAACCGCCGGGUCACACUGUGUAACGGAACCUAUGAAGGUUUGUUAAGAAGAAACCAAGUAGGAAGAAAUAGCGAGAAAUUGCCAACCUUAAAGAAUGUGCAAGAUUGCUUGUCUCUCCAAACGUUCGACAACCCACCUUUCUUCCAGAACUCUACCUUCAGCUUCAGGAAUGCUCUGGAAGGUUUUGAUAAAGCAGACGGCACCCUGGAUUCUCAAGUCACGAGCCUUCAUAAUCUGGUCCACUCCUUCCUGAAUGGAACAAAUGCUUCGCCACACUCAGCCGCCAAUGACCCUGUGUUUGUGGUCCUCCACUCCUUUACAGACGCCAUCUUUGAUGAGUGGCUGAAGAGAAACAACCCUCCCACAGAUGCCUGGCCUCAGGAGCUGGCACCCAUUGGUCACAAUCGGAUGUACAACAUGGUUCCCUUCUUCCCACCAGUGACUAAUGAGGAACUCUUCCUAACCGCAGACCAACUUGGCUACAAUUAUGCCAUUGAUCUGGCAGUCAGCACGGAAAAAGCUCCAGUUUGGACCACCACCCUCUCGGCGGUCACAGGAACGCUAGGAGCUUUCGUCGGUCUCUUGGGACUGCUGGCUUUCCUUCAAUACAGAAGGCUUCGCAAAGGAUACGCACCCUUAAUGGAGACACAUCUAAGCAGCAAGAGAUACACGGAGGACGCCUAG